GGCGAAAUUCUUUCUGAGUCCGCAGCAUCUAUAGACAGCAUUGCAGACAGAAUCAGUGCCAUUGGAUGUGGGGUCCGUUCGACGACCCCGCCUUGCCCUUCCACCUCCAGUUCUUCGCUUCGGCUCGCCUGAGUCAAGGGGUUCGGGCCCGAAGAAGUUCUCUUUGCCCGUUGUUCGACAACGCGCCGGUCAACGAACUAUCCCAUUCACCGUCCAAUCCACAAGUCCACCAGCUACUGUAACACGAUUUCAAUCAAGCUCUAUUUCGUUCUCGCGUCCGAACGGACUUUCAGCUUCAUAGUGAAAUCAUGAUAUUCAAGGUUUGUUUUCAUUCAGGUAAGGCCUCAGUAGCAAAAUCUCCUUUAUUAAUGUCGCCUCAUAAUCCCUUGGUCUUCAUGUCCAAGAUCUAUCUAUACAUUUAGUAUAAAGACCACUAUUGUGAGAAGACGUCAUGAUACUGAAAGCAGUUCAACCCUUACCUUCUACCACAAUGUCAGACACAGCAGACCUUCCUACCGGGAGCAGCAGCAUGGAGAGCAAGCACACCGCCCCUGAUGCGCUCCAGAAACCACAAGAACCGUCUCAAGAUGAAGACGAAUAUCCUCCUUUCUCGACAGUAAUUAUCACAAUCGCAGCACUCAUGCUAACGUCUCUCUGUGUCUCUUUGGACCGUACCAUUAUCGCAACCGCUAUUCCUGUCAUAACCGACCACUUUGACUCCCUCGGCGACGUGGGCUGGUAUGCCUCCGCAUAUCUCCUUACCAUGUCAGCAUUCAUGCUCCUCAUGGGCCGGGUCUACAAAUUCUACAAUCCGAAGUGGGUCUACAUCAGUUGUGUGGGCGUCUUCGAAUUGGGCUCUCUAGUCUGCGGCGUUGCCCCGAACUCGACCGCCCUGAUCGUGGGCCGUGCCAUCGCUGGUCUAGGUAGCGCUGGAGUUAUGAGCGGCGCCAUAACCGUCGUUGUCUAUCUUGUUCCUCUCCAAAAGCGUCCCGCCUAUACUGGGAUGUUCGGCGCCGUGAUGGCCGUUGCUUUCAUUGCGGGUCCUCUAUUGGGCGGCGUCUUCACAGACAAAGUCUCCUGGCGAUGGUGCUUUUACAUCAACCUGCCUCUGGGUGGCGCGACAAUGGUCAUGCUCGCGUUUGUCCUGAAACUAAAUAACUACAAACCCAACAAAACACCAUUUAAGGAACAACUGCACCAGCUCGACCCAUUGGGCACUUUUGUCCUGAUCCCCGCGGUCACCUGCUUGUUACUUGCUCUGCAAUGGGGUGGUACGACGUACUCGUGGUCCAACGCCCGCAUCAUCGUCCUCCUUAUCCUCUCUGGCAUUCUGUUCAUUGUAUUCGUCUACAUCCAACACUGGCGUCAAGAGUCUGCCACGAUCCCGCCUCGCAUUAUCAAGAACCGGUCCGUUGCCUCUGGCAUGGCUUAUGUUUUCUGUUCCGGCUCUGGGAUGAUGACUGAAUCGUACUUCCUGCCGAUCUGGUUCCAGGCAAUCAAAGGCUCUUCGGCCGUGCACUCGGGGAUUAUGUUUCUGCCCGCCAUUCUGGGUCUGACGGUGUCCUCGAUGUUCGCGGGCUUCGCGACCCGCAAAAUCGGCUACUACACGCAAUUCAUGUUCCUCUCGACCGUGCUCACUUCCAUUGGUGCCGGGCUCAUUUGCACAUUCACCACCACCACGCCUCAUGAGAAGUGGAUCGGCUAUCAAGUGCUCUGGGGCCUGGGCCUGGGCUUUGGCAUGCAGCAGCCCAGCGUAGCGGCGCAAACUGCGCUCCCGCGGUCGGACGUCUCGACAGGCGUAAGUCUAAUGUUUUUCUGCCAGACGCUGGGAGGGGCCGUUUUCGUCAGUGUCGCGAAUAACAUCUUCGACAACAAGCUAGCAAAUGGGCUGGCGGGUAUUCCAGGGCUGAAUGCGGAUUUGGUCACGCACGUUGGCGCUACGGAUUUGCGAGAUGUCGUGGCCCCCGAAUAUCUUCACAGUGUGCUGGUGGUUUACAAUGAGGCGCUGAGGAAUGCUUUCUACGUGUGUGCCGCGUUGGCUGCGGCGACGAUUGUGGGAAGCGUGUUCAUGCCGUGGAAGAGUCUUAAGAAGGCGGCCGCCGAGCAGCAGGCGCAGUCAAAGGCGGACAGAGAGCAUGAGAAGAAUGAGAGGGAGAGUGCGUCGGGAAGCCCAGGGACGGACACGAGAGCCGACCAGGGGACAGCGCCGCAAGAGCAGAAAGAGCUGGAAGUAUAGCCAUGAUUCUGUCCACUCUCGUUCAUGGAAGCUGGGCAUUGUCAAAUCUGCCGACGCUGGGCUUUCUUGUGCAUUGUAUUAUUACGGGCGCGGCGUUCGGACGUUGGAUCGGACGGGUAUAAGGAGCGAAAGGCGUAUUUCCAGGACAAAGUUACCGGCAGAGCAGUGGUCUUGGACAAGAUGGCUGCCCUCAUUUUAUAACCUACAGGAAAUAGAAAUGAUCAAUAGUGGAGAAAGUGGGAAGAUUGAAAGUUAU